UUUGCCUCCUGCCUGACGCUGACUUCCUUGAGGCUCCCAAACACCCUCAGGACUAUUGGCGACGGCGCCUUCUACCGAUGCACGUCGCUGCAAAACGUGACGAUUCCGGAGUCGGUGACAAGCAUAGGCGACUGGGCAUUCCAGGGCUGUGCGGGUAUCAAAUCGAUCGUCAUCCCCAGCUCUGUUAAAACGAUUGGCGACGGCGCCUUUGCACGCGCGACCGGCCUCGAGUCGGUCAGUAUUGCCUGCUCAGUCACCAGCAUCGGUGGCUGGGCGUUCGCUCGCGCCUCCUCGCUCACCUCCAUCUCCAUUCCGGCGUCUGUGCAGAGUGUGGGAGACUACGCCUUCAAGGGGUGC